GCGCGUGGGGUUGGCUAUCCAAAAUUAUCGGAGAAGGGGGAGGUGCUGUCAAAUUGCUUAUAGAGCUUCUCUUGUUCUUUUUGUGUGCUCUACGCCAAGUGAACAGCUUCAGCGUGAUGGACCAACCCGAGCUUUCUCUAAGCCCAUCUCUCUCUUCAGCCACAUUAUCGCAGGCCAGAACUGAAUCAAAUUCUAGAAAGAGAAAGCAGAAUUACAUCGAUUGGCCGGUUAAUGAUCCAUUGCCCUCAGACUGGGAGCAAUGUCUCGACUUAAAGUCUGGAAGAAUGUAUUAUUUGAACAGGAGAACCUUGACCAAAGUAUGGAACAGGCCUUAUAAGGAGCGGAAGCUGGACCUGGAGCUUUCAAUCAUGCCGGCAUUCACAGACAAAAGUGCAGAGAAUGAAGCAGAGAAGCCCGAAGACACCGACUGCGACGGCGGCAGCAUGGCCGCCAUCGUCUGUCUGAACUGCCACCUCCUCGUCAUGCUGUAUCGAUCGUCGCCGUUUUGUCCUAAUUGCAGGCAUAUGCACUUCUUCCCUGCGACACAACCCCUGAAGGUGCUGGAAACCCUAAAUCUUCUCAACUAAUAUGAUGUAUAAAUAUUAUAUUAGAUAUGGAUUGUGGCGAAGAAGUGUUUGUAUGGUUGUUCCUGUAGAAAUCUACUGCUACAUUAAUGCA